AUGGAUGAAUUGGCUAAAAACAUUAGUCGUUUGAGUUUGCGCCAAAAUCCGUCUGAAUCUCAUGAACCCUUGAGCAUUAUGUCUCAGGCAAAUCUUCUUCUUACCCCCCUGACUGGCGAUAUCUUCACGAACGAUUCAAUUCUCAAUGAUCCAUUCAUUGAGCAAUACUCAACUCCUGUAAAGACUGAAACCACUGCUAAUAUUCUUCCUGAAGCAAGUUGUAUAGAUGAUUUUGAAGAGGAAUUGCCCCCAGGAAUCGUGUUGUGUGAAUCAACACCACUGGAAAGAAAUGCACCCCAUGCAUCCAAGGCGAAGGAUAAGCCACUUUCGCCAUCUCAAUUGGAGAAUUAUCAAAAGACCCCUCCUCAUUCACAAGCCAAUCUCAUGGAUGUGUACGAUAACCACAUUAUCGAUGAGGAAUUACCGAUGGAAAAGAGAGGAAAAAGGAAGAAGGGACCAUCGAAUACAUCUCGUUUUUAUCAAAUACACGUGAGUUUAAUUGAUAUGACUACGACUUUGCUAUAG